AUGAAACAAAUGAGAAAGAAGAAAAGAGUCCACCCUUCACAUCCAGAAGACAACCAAGGUGAAGGGCACACACACAAGCAUGCAAGAACUGAUCUUGAUGGAAAUACCACAGUGUGCCAGCAUACUUCUUCUAACACCCAAUCUUCCCCCCAACUGCCCAUUCGCACUCCAGAGAAUGUCCUUGAUGAAGUGAUAGCAGAAUUCGGGAUUUCUGGAAACGAUGAACAAAAAUGUGCUGUGAAGUUGGUAGCCACAGAUGCAGUUCCCUACUCUCCUCCCAUGCCCACUGACAAAACCGGAUAA